AGUCCGUCUUGGUUUGAAAGUGACCAAUCAUGUCACAUGCAAGUCUUCUAAAGAGGAUUUUCCCACAUCCAUUGCUUUAGACAUGAUCUUUUGGUUCAUUUUGAUGUGUUGGGCACCUGGAGCCCAGUCUAACCACAGUGCUGAAAUUGUCUCAUUACAAACAUUUAAGCUGGGAGAUGAUGUUAUCAUCAAAUGCUUCUCUACAAAAAUUAGUUUGGGCAACACAUUGGUUUGGUAUAAACAGAAAACUGGACAGAUCCCAAGGGCAAUCACAAUAUCAUACAUUCAACUGAAUAAAGUCAUAUUUGAAGAUGAAUUUAAAGAUGGAAGAUUCAGUAUUUUACCAAGUGAAGACUCUUUUCACCUCAACAUAACAGCUGCCACCAAGCAGGACACUGGAAUAUACUACUGCGGCACGGUGUUCUUGAAUUUAAUAGAGUUUAUCUCUGGAGCACAUCUGAUGCUACAAGGAACUGAGUAUGAAGACGUCAACAUGACUUAUGGAAAGAUACCAGCUGGGAAUGGAACCACUGUUAAAAAUGCUGAUGACAUUUUCCAAAAAGAAUGGCAUCCUGUGUUACUUUGCUUGAUAUUCUCCAAUGUUGUGUUUGUGGUGGUAACUAUCAUAAUUCUUGCUGAUCGCUGCAUACACUGGAGAAAAAGGCACAGAGGACUUGAAAUGGUUGCAUCUCCAUCAUGUGAGAUUAGAGAUUCAGAUGUGAAUUAUACAGCUGUGAGUUUUGCCUCUGUUCCUCCGGCAAGAAGAUCAAACAACAGACAAAAGGCUGAAUACAGUGAAGUGAAUUUAAAGUCAAGAGAUUACAUGAUUUAACAAAACAAUUGUUUUAAUAUUUCUUUUAAAAUCAGCUUGCCUCACAAAUUUAGAUAUUGAUUUUUAAUUGUGUGUUCUGCUGUAUAUAGAAGUAUAUAGUUUUUUUUUAAAUGUAAACUCUGUUUAAACAAUCACAAUUUGAGGCUGUAAUGAUAUAUUUUCUACAGUAUGAAGUUACUGUCACAGUGACUACUGCGUGACAUAAAUUAUACACUUAAACUGCAGUUUUAUCUGCAUCUCGAAUUGCAAAAUUAGUGAAAUUUGUAUUAGUUGUCUUGUAAGUAAAAUUUACAUACAUAGCCUUCAUGUUAUAACAUAGACGUGAAUGUCAAUAUCAACUGUUAACAUGUCAUAGAAUAUAAUUCAUGGCUAUUUAAGUAAAAUAACAACUUGACCAAAAUGAAACUAUAAAUUCACCCUGACUUUUAAUUUCUUUUCAGUUUUUUAUUAUUAUUAUUAUUUUUUUUAACAAUUUGUUCUACAGUUUGGUCUAGAACUUGUGCAUGUGGUUUCUAAACAAAAAACAUGACCUGUUUGACUCUA